GAUUGUCCAGCUAAGUGAAUGAAUCCCCCGCCAGAAAGACACACUUCGCUGAACUUUUUAUUCUUUUAUUCAUGUCUGGUUGUUUAUUGUAGGUGAAUUAAUCAUUGUUUAUGAGUUUAUUUCACGUAACUUCAAUUCAAAGUUAUUAAAGGUGAUGAAAGCACCACUUUUGAGAAUUAAUCAUAUGCAUCCUAUAUAGUAUAUGUGUACAGAAAACAAUAGACUUCAACCUUCGCCUACCAUGAAUUAUUUGACCCAUUGAAACACGAUCGGGUAUUAAUAUGUAGCUUUAUUUUAUACAAGUGAACAAUUUUCAAACAUUUUAUUUCAUGCUUGUGAACAGUGACAGUUGCAGAGUAACCGUAUGAAGUGGUAUCAUUUCGCAGCAUUUGUCGUCUCAGUGUCUCAUUUAAAUGUAUCAAAGAGUUAAAUGUUUCAAUAUGCAUAUGAUAUUUUCAAGGGUUGAUUUGUGUUUUAAUAAAAAAUGUCUACUUUAAGUCAACAACGAAAGUUAGUUGAACAACUUCGACAGGAAGCAAAUAUAAAUCGUCGUCCAGUCUCAGAAUGUGUACAAGAUAUGAUUGUUUAUAUGGAGCAGAAUAGAGAUAAGGAUUGUUUAGUCUCUGGAUUCGCUAGUAAAAAGGAUAAUCCAUUUCAAGAGAAAGGCGGUUGUACUGUGAUUUAG